ACUGGAGGGCGGGAGUGACGUGCUCGUGAUCGUGCUGCAGUUCACGCGCGAAAGAGACCAACGACAGACACCAGGAAACAAUCAAACUGCACUUUGCCCCAAAACAGGAUGUCAGACUCUGAAGACUCGGAUCUGGAGGAAGGACAGGAUGUGAUGCGACACCAAACCAAGAUUGUCUAUCAGGGUCAGUUCCCGUACAUCCACAUCGAGCCGCCUGACGUCAUCUACGAGCGCUGGAGCAGGAUCAAGCCCGAGGUGAAGCAGCACGUGGGUCAUCUGAUGCAUGUGUCUGUGUUCUGGUGGCCCAUCCUCCUGAGACAGCAGGACAAUCACCCCACCACCUUCUGGGCCAUGGAGAUGGGCUUCCUGGACUCCAAUGUGUCGAAUGAUUUGAGUCUGAAGAGGCUGAAGAAGAUCGAGCUCCUGGAAAGCAUUCUGGAUGCCAUGGAGAGAGGCCUGUCUGAGCCGGACAUGGAGACGAAAGCCCGAGCCGUGGUGUCCCUGAGCAGAUUGUUUUCCAUGGAGGAAGAUUGUUUGGCUGAAGCCAUCGGCUGGCUGCUGGCCUCCGGCGCUCCGGACAUCCGUAACAAGCUGAUGGAUCUGGGAUCAGCGGAGAUCCGCUACCGGACGCUUUGCUUCAUCUUCAACGAGUAUUCACGAUAUCUUCAGGUGACUUCAUGCAGUAAAAAGAAGGCCAUCCAGGAGCUGAAAACAGAGCCGGACCCUUGGACUUUUUCAAAAAGUGAAGAAAUGAAGAACAAAGGAAAUGAGCAAUUUCAGAAAAGGAAAUAUGAUCUGGCGUUGAAGUGGUACAGUAAAGCCAUUAAAUACCACCCGAGCAACCACAUCCUGUACGGGAACAGAGCGCUCUGCUACAUUCGCUCGGAGAAAUAUCUGAAAGCACUUGGAGAUGGAAAGAGAGCCAUUAUAUUACAGCCAGACUGGGCCAAGGGUCACUACCGCUUCUGUGAUGCUCUGUUCUAUCUGGGGGAGCAUCAGAGAGCUCUGAGGGCCAACCGUGUGGCUCAGGACGCCUGCGGCGCGGACCCCGAGGGACACCGAGACCUGCAGCAGCAGCACGAGCGCUUCCUGACGGAGCUGCAGGAGAGCACAGCAGAGAUCAAGACCAAGAGAAGCCAAACCAAGAAAGCUUCUUCUAAAAGCAGCAGAGGAGAUUCUUCAGGUCAUCAUCAGAGGUGCAGUCGUCAGCCUGAAGUCCUGGACACUUCGGUUGGACGAUUGAGAAUCAAGCAGCAAUGUACAAGUAUUAAGAAGUUGAUGUCUAAAAAUGAACGAAAGCUUCGGCGGAAACAGCAUCAGUUGGCGACACAUUCUGCCUGUGAAGAGCGAAAGAGCGUAACGGCUGCAGACGACCCUAAAGACCCCACGGCAGAGAGAGAGACACCCAGAGACUGUAUUUAUAUGGACCGUGUUUUACAUCAAAUUCAUGAUAACAAAGCACUAUUUAAAGAAGAGUCAGUGAAUAUUUCUUGUAUUUUGGAUCAUCUGCGGCCGUGGCUGGAUUUAUUUGAGAGUAAAGGACAUGAGAGUGUGUUAAACAGCCGAAGAGAGCCUGGAGCUCUGUGGGAGCUGGUGGAUCUUCUGCUGGAGUCCAGAAACCGGGUCUGGGCUCGAGUCUUUAUCCAAACGCUCGGCUUGAUGCUUCAUAUCAAACCCAGACUGCAGCUUUGGGCUCAGCAGCUCGAUAACGCUGGUCUGAAAGCUGCGGAGUCGUUCGUCAGUCGUUACAGCUCUCUUCUGGAGGAGUUGGACCUGAAGCCUCUUCUCACCUUCACACCGCUGCAGGAGACGCUCAUCCACACAUUCGGCACCGUUCCGCAGUUAUUUGACCGUGAUGGUUUAACUGUAAUGGAGUAUUUAAGACAGGCUCCGGCUAAAGAAAAGCGUCUGUUUAUUUGGACUCUAGAGUCGAAUCGAGAGCGCUAUCACUCCUGUCACUUCAUUCUCGAUCAAUAUUUUGAAGACGAUGCUGUUUGUUUAGUCAUUAAAAAGACGGAUGAUGAAGAGCACAUGAGCUCAGUAUUUAAGAGUAAAAACAGGCAUCGUAAGAAGAAGCAGAAGGAGUUGAAGUCUGUGUUUGUGCUGUCUGGGAUGAGAGGUGGACAUUCCCGGGAUGAGGAGGAUGAGGAAGACGAGCUGUUCUCUGAGGAAGACUCUCUGAUGUUCCUGAAUAGCAUGGAUCCGUUCAGCGUUCCCGAACACCUGCGAGGACAGCUGGAGGAGUUUGAGGAGCAGUACUCGGGAUCAUCAGACCGGAGCCAUUACCAGAGAAUCCUGGACAAUAACCCUGACCCCACUAAAGAGAGUUUAUACGAUUAUUUUGCUCAGAUCCUGGAGGAGCACGGUCCUCUGUGUGCGUCUGACCCGCUGAUGAUGGGCGAGCUGGAGAACUUUCCUCCGGAGGCGCAGCAGAAGAUCUCAGACGCCGGAGGACUCGAGUCCUUCCUGCUGGAGUCUCUGCGCUUCGUCAUGAUGGAGCAGCUGAUCGGCCUGAUGAAGCACGCCGUGUCUCUGACAGACCUCAACCCCUCGGCUAAAGAGUUCUGGCCACCCGCGGACGCCUCACACAUCAGCGUACUUCCUUAUGAUCACAAAGAUGAGUUCACAUCCUCGGAUGCGUUCCUGCUCCUCCCCGACCCGUACGCCUUCGACUGUCACGUCUCAGAUCUGCAGGAACACACACCGGCGUCUGAGCAGAGACGGGACAAACACACGGCCGUGUGUGUGCGGGAUUUGGCCGAGCAUACAGACGUCUCCAUUAACACAGAGCCAUACGUGUGCUUCGAGAGGAACAGCGGUGACAUGCUCCAGACGGAGAAGCAGAGGCGGCAGCUGUUGAAGGAGAUCCAGCAGAUGAAGGAGGAUCAUGAAGCCGUGCAGCAGAGGAGAGCCGAGGACAUCUCAGCGCUUCAGGAGGAAACCCAGAAGAUCACUCUGAGGAUGCAGAUCGCCGGCACCGAGCUCAGCAUGUUCCAGCAGAAACUAGAGGAGGUGGUGAGGAAAGACCAGCAGGAGAAGAAGGAGAACCAGGAGACGCUCAAGACACUGAAGACGGAGAUCAGAGACCUGGCAGAUUUACACGAGAGUCACACCAGAGACAUCAGUGUGAAGAAGAAAGAGUACGAGGCAGAACUGGAGCGAUUCCUGGAUGUCAGUAACCAGUGUGCAUCUGAGCGGUUGAGUCUAGAAGAAGAGAUCAAGCGCUUCAGAGACGCGUGUGUGAAGGCCCAGAGGAGAUCCACCAUGGCUCAGCUGUGUGUCCUGCAGAGCAGGUGGGAACAUGCGCUGCGGUUGCUCAGGAUGAGCGUCUCUGAAGGGAAGAUGGUGGUCAAACACCUGACGGAGGCCUCGCUCAGUUUCCGCUCCGCUGCACUGCUGUCAGCCGUAGACGAUUGGAAGAGAUACGUGUGUGAUGUCGAAGACAAGCUCAACAGGACUCAGAUGGAGCUUGAGGCUCAGAUGGAUCAGGUGAAGAGCGGCGCCAGACUGAGUUCACUGCCUGACGUCAGUGUUCCCAGCGUCCCCACAGCACCCGCUCUACCGAUCAUACUUUCUCCUCCAGUUCCUCAGCCAUCCGGCACUUACUUCUACGGGCCGUACGGGUCACUUCCUGCUGCCCGCACCCCCACACCCACAGGACGCAGCACACCGCAGCCUGCUGACCAACUUCCUGAAGAGCCUGUGAGCCAUCGGCCUUCAGCGCCGCGGCACCUCUCUGUGUACGACAGGAUCCUGGAGCGGCUCCACAUGAUGUUCCCUCAUUACACCAGGAUGCUGCUGAAUAAGUUCAUCCAGGAGGUGCGUGUGUCCAGUGGAGGCGCUCUCAACACGCUGACCUAUGAUGAUGUCAUCAACCGAGUGGCUCAGCUCAUCCUGGACCAUCAGGAGAACAUGCGUGAGUGCAUGAACCUCACAGGUGGAGAUGCUCCGGGUCACAUGACUCCUCCGUCUGACGCUGCUGUCAGAGCCACUGGGACGCCGCCGCCGCACACACACGUGUGGAAGACCGUGUCGGAGAAACAUCGCAACACUGCGCUGGCGCUGAACAUGGAGGAUCCGUGCAUCAUCUGUCACGAGGACAUGAGUCCAGAGGAAGUGUGUGUGCUGGAGUGUCGCCACAGCUUCCACAGAGAGUGUAUAAAGUCGUGGCUGAAGGAGCAGAGCACGUGUCCCACCUGUCGAGAACACGCUCUGUUACCGGAGGACUUCCCCAUGCUGCCCGGCAGACAGCGCAGGAGCCAGACGCCCGCGGCUGCCUUGAACUGACCGCUGUAUGUUCAUCUGCACACGCAUCACACACGUCUCCUCAUCCAGCUCAUUCAUCACACAGUUUCUUUUGGUUGUCGGAGAAUCUAAAGACCAAUCGGUGAUGUUUACUUUCAGAGCACAUCUGUGUUUUCAUUCCUGUAAUAAAGAUCUUGUCUUGAACUGA